CUGUUGAUUACAAGAGACAGAAAUUCUUGGACAAUCACCAUAGCAGCAACUCGGAUCAACUCGGAGGGAAACAAGAGUAGAGAACGAUACCACCAUAUACAAGCGACAAUCCACAAAGUAGACCAAAUGCAAGCAACCAUGGCAUCGUAUUCUUCUGCGCUGGCGCUGCUCCUCGUGCUAUCCAAUGCCUCGUUCUUCGCGAACGCCCUUGACAUCGAAUUCGAUCGGAUCCAAUGCGACGAAACCCUCAGUGCAUACUCCUCAUUUUCGGAGAUCGAAGUGACGUGCAACGAUGGAAAAGACUCCCGGUGCUCGUUCGGUAACGAUGUGAACAUCAAGGGCAUGUGUAAGUGUUGAAGUGCAACUUCUGCAUCAACAUCCCACCAACAAAACGAUUGUGAUGCGGGCUGGUGCAAGCGAGUGCAAGUUACUCUCUCUAACAAAAAAGGUUAUUCUAUUGGUGGAUCUGUUGCUUUCUAUUGAACGUUUUCUUUGUUGUAUCGCGCAGUGCACUACCACAACCUCUAUCCGUACCUUACGAACAACACGGGGUACGCCUCUGCCAAUCUCAGGCUGCUGAGCGUCGAAUACAAUCUCUUUGACCUCUUCCCCGUGGAUUUCUGUGGGGAUUGGGCCGUACCCUACAACUCCACCUACGGCCACGAUUGCCCCGACUGGGACAGCUACUACGCAUUCGACAUUGACUACAAGCUGCCGUGGGACGACGACGACAUUACGACCUGGUUCGCCACCGGAUGGCAGGGCGUCUCCAACCUGGCGAUUUACUCCAACCAAACGGUCGACAGCGAGCUGAUUACAUACUGUACGAUGCACUGGCACACGUAUGUGACCCCCUCAGAAGACGAGGAUUUUCGAACGCUGCCCUCGGCGGCCGUCACCGGGAUCGCCCUGGCCUCCUUUCUGGUUGCUUUGUUUUGCUGCUGCUGCUACGUGAACUGCUGCCGAAGGCGACAAAAACACGUGACGGACCGCGACUACUACGACGACGAGGUGUCCCGCAAGAGCAGGUACGAAAGGUACGAGGAGCAUGCCUGUUAGACGGUAUUCGAAAGUUCUCGAAAGAAGUUGUGACAUCGAUAACAGUAUCAACCAAAGGAACCAAGACUGUUUUAGUUGUUUAAAUGCUACGUAUUUGAAGUAAGCAACGAUCCAUCCAAUAGAUUAACCUAUAAAGA